AUGAGGUCUAUAGUUUGUUUCUUGGUGAUGUUUGUUUCAGUGUCAUGUGCAGUGGAUAGGAAGGAUCCUAAUACUCAAACAAGAAUCAACCAUAUCUGCUCACAAACCAGUGAUUACAAUCUGUGUCAAAUUAUUCUCAACAAAAACUUAUACACUCCUAUUCAAGAUUUCAAAGGCCUAACUCAAAUAUGUCUUGCUCAAACAAUUAUAUAUACCUCUGAUACCCAAAUAUUCAUAAGGAACUCGGAGAGAAACGAGACGAGUCAAACUCAACGAGAUCUUUACAAGAUUUGUGAAUCAGGAUAUGGGAUAUUGCUGAAUCAGUUCACAGAUGCGACUUUUGCAUUCGGAAAGGGGGAUUACAAGUCGAUGUUAUUUGAUAUAGAGAAGAGUGAGAGGUUUGUGAAUGACUGUGAGAAUGUGUUGGGCAACAAGAUAACUCAAUUGCAUGACAGGAAUGUGCAUACUAGAGUUCUUAUUCAAAUGUCGAAUGCUAGUGGUAACCUUAUUGGCUCUGAGUUGUAA